AUGAAUGAUUAACUUCUAACCAUGACAGCAUAGGAAUUCUAACAAAUUUACAAAGUAAGUCAUUCAUAGAUUAUCAAUAAGGAGGUAGAAUUCAAACUUGAAAAAUUGCACAAUAAGAAUAAUGUCAUCUAAUAAAAUCUUGAUGUUGAUAUCAUCAAAAGAGAACUCUAUCAAAUGAUCAAACAAGAAAUUGAUCAAUUAUAAUUCUUCAUUGAAGAAAUCAAAGAUCAAAUGAAGUCACUUGAAAACAACAUCAACAGCAUUGACUCCAAAAAUAAGAUCAAAAGAUUAAAAGAUAAUUAUCUUAAGGAAACAUAACGAAACAAAGCUAUCACUCGUAUCCUCAACAAUAAGUCUUCAUUUUAAAGUGAAAAGCAGUAUGACGGAGUCAGCAUCCUGAGUCAAUCUGGCACUGGAGAAUAGCCUGACUCUGUGCCUUCCAAUUCAUCUCAAUUUGAAUACUAAUAAUAAAACAUCCAACAAACCGACAGCUUUCAAUAGUAAGAUAAAUAGUAGAAUGGAAUCACCAUUUAAAAUCAGGAUUCUCCAUCCAAUUCUAUGUUAUAUGAAAAUGUAAUCUAAAGGGAUUCUUCAAACGAGAUUAAAUUUAAUAAUGAAGAACAAAUAGAAGCCGAGGUUGAGGGUGAAGCAUAGGAAGAAAUCAAUAAUUAAGUUUACUUUAUUGUAUUGGUCAUUGUGAUUAUUAUGGCAGUUUUAAUCAUUUGGUUGCUAUAUGAUGAAGAUAUUCUGUGA